UUUUCCAACUCGGAGCCCAAAAUCCAGUCCAGCAACGACGCAAUCGUCACAACAGCCAUAGCAGAACCGUGUAUUGGGCCUUCUUGCCCUGCAGCAGCCAUGGAUCAAUGGCAAUCGUACCCCGAUUCUGCUGGUGGCUCUCGAAGAUACAAUGGCAGCAACCAGAUGGCGGCCCGAGAUUAUAACAAUGGCCAGCCUCAGGCACAGCCGCCCGCCGGUUUCAAGUACGACCAGUACCAGGGUGGACUGACCUCGCAACAGAACUUGACCGGCUCGCCCAUAACCUCGCCCCAGGUUCGCGACGGCAAUGGCGACGUCGCCAUGCAGGACGCUCACGACCCCUACGCAAGUAUGAAAUACCCCAUGCGGCCCCAUCAUCAACAUCACGCCUCUGGUGGCCGUCCCUCGAAUCUGCACUCCCCCCAGGAACCUUCCGCUGCCGCCCAGCGAUACUCGCCCAUGGAAGCUCUGUCGCCCACCUCACCCUACGCACCGAAGUCUGCUGGCCCAGCCCAGUUCUCCCAACCCCCUGCCCAGCGCCAGUCGCCAACUCGCCCGUCCGACUACCCCCCUCAAAGCCCUUACUUCAACAGACUACAGGGCGGGCAGCUACCACCCAUGAACCCCUACGCAUCUGCCCAUGACAGCUACCCGUCCUCUGCUGCCAUGACAAUGGACGCCAGUUUCGCGAACGAUCCCAAGUCGCCGCUUCGCCUCCAGCCUCCGCCGACUAUCCCGUCAAAGGGACCGGUGCCCAAGUUCAAGAAGGUUACUGCCCCAACAGACUUGCGGCCAACAGUCAACUCCCAACCGCCGUUUCGGCGAGCGAACCCGGAGGGCGGAUUCAUCAGUCCCCUCCAAGCUCUAACCGUCCAUCUCCCGGCCACCUAUCGCAUCUGUAACCCGAGCUUCAAAUACGAGUCCUCGAGAAAUCCACGCCGCGUCCUGACGAAGCCUAGUAAGGGAGUGAAGAAUGACGGGUACGACAACGAGGACAGCGACUACAUUCUCUACGUCAACGACAUACUAGGUUCCGAGGAAGCUGGGCACAAGAACCGCUAUCUCAUUCUCGACGUCCUCGGCCAGGGUACCUUCGGUCAGGUGGUCAAGUGCCAGAACCUGAAGACCCAAGAGGUGGUCGCUGUGAAGGUCAUCAAAAACCGUACAGCAUACUUCAACCAGAGUAUGAUGGAAGUCUCGGUUCUGGAUCUGUUGAAUACCAAGCUCGACAAGAACGACGAUCAUCAUCUUCUCCGUUUGAAAGAUACCUUCAUCCACCGGCAACACCUGUGCUUGGUCUUCGAACUCCUGAGCGUCAACCUCUACGAGCUCAUCAAACAGAACCAAUUCAGGGGCCUCAGCACAACGCUUGUGCGCGUCUUCGCGCAGCAGCUCCUCAAUGGCCUCGCAUUGUUAAACAAGGCCCGGCUCAUCCACUGCGACUUGAAACCAGAGAACAUCCUGCUGAAAAAUCUGGAAAGCCCCAUCAUCAAGAUUAUAGAUUUUGGCUCGGCCUGCGACGAGCGUCAGACUGUAUAUACCUACAUCCAGUCGAGAUUCUACCGGUCGCCCGAAGUCUUGCUCGGACUGCCUUAUUCCUCGGCCAUCGACAUGUGGUCCCUGGGAUGCAUCGUGGUGGAACUGUUCCUCGGCCUGCCGUUGUUCCCGGGCUCCUCCGAGUAUAACCAAGUCUCGCGCAUCGUCGAGAUGCUCGGCAACCCGCCAAACUGGAUGAUCGAGAUGGGGAAGCAGGCUGGCGAGUUCUUUGAGAAGAGGACGGACGAGUAUGGCCGGAAGACGUACCAUCUAAAGAGCAUGGAAGUCUACUCACGGGAACACGGCACCAAGGAGCAACCGAGCAAGAAGUACUUCCAAGCCAGCACUUUACCAGAGAUCAUCAAGUCCUAUCCCAUGCCGCGGAAAAAUAUGAAGCAGCAGGAGGUUGACCGAGAGAUGAACAACCGCAUUGCCUUCAUAGACUUCGUCCAGGGCCUCUUGAACAUCAACCCCCUGGAAAGAUGGUCGCCACAGCAGGCCAAACUGCAUCCGUUCAUCACGCAGCAGAAAUUCACUGCGCCUUUUGUGCCGCCGAUGAACCUGAAGGCAAGCUCGCUGAAUAGAUCACCCGCUCCAGGAACACAGCAGCAGCAACACGCCGAGAGCCUAAGCAAACAGAGAGCUCAGGCCGCGCAAGCCCAAGCGAAUUCUGCAGCACAAGGCGCAUAUGCGGCGUCGAUGGCAGCUGCAGGCCAAUACUCGCCGGCUGGCCACCCCCAGGCUGGCCACCCCCAACAGGCUCAAAUCUACUCAAACAACAGCCUAUACUCUCCCGGUGCCGGCCAUGCGGGGGCUCCACCGCCGUAUGCUUCCCAACAGGGAGGCUACGGGCAGAUGGCCAUGACACAGCCACCCACACAGAUGCCCCCGGCGAACUACGGCGGUGUGUCCCAGUCCAACCUGUACGCUCAGCAAGCCGCCAGGAAUCGACAGCGGGCAUCGACCAUGGAGCAGCAGCAGAGCGGUAUCCCGGCGGCCAUCCAGAGAGUCGCCAGCCAUCUCGACCCGAGCCACCCCAUCCGGCUGCAGCCGAGUCCGGCGUACUAUCCUCCGCCCCCGGACGGCAUCUCGGGCCUUGACCAGACUCCUGGCCGCGCCGGGAGGAGAGGCAGUCGCGCGCAGCAGACUGGAAGGGGCAACAAUCGUGACUUCAUCCGGAAUCUCGAGGAGCGGACCCUCGAGGAGGGCUUCAUGGGCGAUCAGAAUCCCUGGCAUUGAGCUGCAUCGCUGGAACUGGCUUUUUGUCGUAUGACGGAGACGGAAGAAGGAUCUUCCCCUGGACGUUUUCACCAGAUUGCCCCAUUUUCAAACAGACACUAGGUCGCGCUUCGCUUUGGUUCCUUUUCUUUUUUCUUUUUUUUUUGUACCGACAGAGACGCCGUUCGUAUCCCAAAGCCUCUUCAACAACAAGCUCUCUCUCGGGAUGAGGAAAAGUAGCUAGGCCCCCUAAGCCGCCGCUCUCACUGCGGGAAGCUGCAUUGGGGCUGCAGACGCACUUUCGAACGCUUCUAUCGCCAAAAAAAGAAACAAGAAGGGUAUAACGUGUCCUGAACCGGAACAAGAACGCGCAAAACUAGGGUCGCAUAAGGGAUUCCGCUAGGUGCUUUUGGCUUUGACGCGAUGCAGAAAGCAGCAUUUACGGGGGGCGGAACUCUAUUCCACCGACUCGGG